UGCGGAGAGAGAAAUGCAGUGACUUAUGGGGGUGGAGGAGGUGGAGUUGGACGGUGGACGUUAGGACCACGCGCUCGACUCUUGUACGAUAAGGGGCCUUCUAAAAAUUUAGGGUUUUUGUAGUGGAUAUAAAUGUUUUUCGAUGGGGUCUAAAAGGUCUUAUACCAAUUCGACCGCAAAAAGAGGAGGGGUUUUCGGGUCAGGGUCAGGGUCAGGUUCUGAUUCUGCUGCUUCUCCUCCAUCUGCCGGCUCUGAAUUUGUGGCUGAUAUGGCUACGGAGAGAAAGGACCAUAACCAUGGCUGGUUCCAAGAUGACUUGCACAUCGAGACUCCAUCGCCAUUAAUGCACCAACACGAACCACAACAUUCCAAAUUGCUGACAUUGCCCACCAUUUUGACGCUUGCUCGAGUAGCCGCUGUCCCGAUAUUUGUCUGCACCUUCUAUGUUGAUAACUGGUGGGGAACAACUGCAACAACUAGUAUAUUCAUUGCUGCUGCAGUUACCGACUGGCUCGAUGGUUAUAUUGCUCGGAAGAUGAGGUUGGGUUCGGCUUUCGGUGCGUUUCUUGAUCCAGUAGCUGAUAAGCUUAUGGUUGCUGCUACACUGAUCCUACUAUGCACACAACCCUUGGAGGUUUCUGUGUUUGGUCAUGUUCCUUGGCUUCUGACUCUACCUUCAAUAGCAAUUAUUGGCAGGGAGAUAACCAUGUCGGCCGUACGAGAAUGGGCUGCUUCCCAAAAUGGUAAACUUUUAGAGGCUGUGGCCGUAAACAACUUGGGGAAGUGGAAAACAGCGACACAGAUGAUUGCACUAACCACACUUCUGGCUAGCCGAGACAGCAGUCUUGGAGGAUCUGGAGUUGUAGUAGCAACUGGUGUGGUGUUGUUGUACAUAUCAGCUUGGCUUGCUUUGUGGUCACUAUUUGUUUAUUCCAGAAAGAUCUCGAAAGUUUUGUUUCGCUAGCACAUCCCGACCCGACAUUUCAAUUCUCUUCAUUUUUGUUGGACGACACCUGCAAAAGCUAAAACGAACCGAUUGCUUAAUCCGUAAGUGGUGAUGCCCAAAAUUUAGAGAUUGUUGAAGCCAUUUUCACAAGUAAGUUGCAAUCUAUGGAGGGUUUCUAAGAAGACAGCAGCCAUAGUUACUGACCUGCAGAAGCUGGAAGUUUGGAAUGAGGUCUGGAUGUAACUAUAAGUUUACUAACUACUUAAAAGAGUAAUUAUAAAGUGGCAUUUUAUCUCAUCAUGCUCAUUGAUAUUCAAAUUCAAUCUCUUUGACUCUUCUUGUCAAUGCUGAGAUAGACCUGAUAUUUUUCAGGGGUGCUAAGUUUUCAAGUUUUGUAGAUAUAAAUACAUAUAUUUAUAUUUA